CUGUCAUCGGGACCCAGCGCCUGGCAGCGGUCGCCGCAGUCCCUCCCAGCACGGGCAGCCAGGCGCUCAGGACACACUUGUUGGCGAGGGCGUCCCCGGCUAGGGUAAUCGGACUCAAAACCUGGCUUCUCCCUGGGCUCUCGGGUCUCCAGCACCUGCACUGGGCCUCUGGCUAGGGCUCCGUCAGCCGGUCCUGGCGCAGCGUUUCCUGCAUCUCAAUAGUAGAGAGCAGCUCGCUCUCUGCGACCCGGGUCUGGGUCUGGGCUCUGCCCCCAGCUGCCAGCGCUGCUCCUUUCCGCCUCGGACAGUAAAAUCCUGGCGACCUCCAUGCUGGCCUCAGCCCUCUGAGACCUCGCGUACAGCAUCAGCUCCUCUUUCCUGCGAGAUAAGUUCGUGAUGACUUGAUCUGCCCUUGAGCUCCUUCACUCCGGGUUCCCAGAUCUCAGAGUCUGGGAAAGGAACUGAGGACCAAGGCAGCCUCCAAAGACUUCCAGUCCGGCCUUCGAGCAUCUGACUAUCGUCCCUGAACCCCGUCCAGGCCUGGGCUCACAAGGGGCUGAUAUUAAUUGAGCUGUACUCUUGUCUCAGGUCACACCGCAUGAAUGGAGGCUCUGGAGAUGGUGGGUGCCCAGCCCAAGCCUCAGAAUGCAAUCACCAUCGCAGUGUCUUCCCGGGCCUUGUUCCGCAUGGAGGAGGAGCAGAGGAUCUUCCAAGAGCAGGGUGUGGAGGAGUAUGUGCGCUAUCAGCUGGAGCACGAGAAUGAGCCCUUCAGCCCCGGACCAGCCUUCCCCUUUGUGAAGGCCCUGGAGGCUGUGAACCGGCGGCUCCGGGAGCUGUACCCAGAGAGCGAGGACAUCUUCGACAUCGUCCUCAUGACCAACAACCACGCUCAAGUGGGAGUCCGCCUGAUAAACAGCAUCAACCACUAUGAUCUGUUCAUUGAGAGGUUCUGCAUGACAGGUGGGAACAGCCCCAUCUGCUACCUCAAGGCCUAUCACACCAACCUCUACUUGUCAGCUGAUGCAGAAAAAGUGCAAGAGGCUAUUAAUGAGGGAAUCGCAGCUGCCACAGUCUUCAGUCCCAGCAAGGAUGUGGCUGUGUCUCAGACGCAGCUGCGUGUGGCCUUCGAUGGAGAUGCAGUACUCUUCUCAGAUGAGUCAGAGCGCAUCUUCAAGGCCCAUGGGCUGGACAGGUUCUUUGAGCACGAGAAGGCCCAUGAGAACAAGCCUUUGGCCCAGGGCCCCCUCAAAGGCUUUCUGGAGGCCCUCGGUAGGCUGCAGAAGAAGUUCUACUCCAAGGGCCUGCGGCUGGAGUGUCCAAUCCGCACCUACUUGGUGACGGCACGCAGUGCAGCCAGUUCCGGAGCCCGAGCCCUCAAGACCCUGCGCAGCUGGGGCCUGGAGACAGAUGAGGCCUUGUUCCUAGCUGGAGCGCCCAAGGGCCCCCUGCUUGAGAAGAUCCGCCCACACAUCUUCUUUGAUGACCAGAUGUUCCACGUGGCUGGGGCUCAGGAGAUGGGCACGGUAGCUGCACAUGUGCCUUAUGGUGUGGCACAAACACCCCGCGAACUGCACCCAUAAAGCCGGUUCCAUCUGCACAGUAGCUGAGCUGUACUCCCCACCGUCCUGCCCUCCUGCAUGUCUGCUGUCAUCCCUCUGAAUGAGGUUUUCGAAGGAAAUUCCACGGAUUGGGCCAGCAUUCUCACUGUCCCUCCUUUUGGGUAAACACUGUGCCAUGAUCCUGGCCAGGACAGUGUGGAGUAAUGCAUUUCAGGCAGAAGUUGCUGGGACUGAGGGCAGGAAGGUCCAAGAAGCCUAAAAAAAAGGAAGAUGCCUCAAAGGAGCUUGGGAUAGAAACUUGCUUGGUGUAGCUCAAGGAACACUGCUGUGAGAAAGAAGAGUCUGAUGUCCAAGCUCUGCUUUGACACAAACAGCAUGAUUUUGUUUAUCUCCCCUUCAUGGGCCUCAGUUUCCUCAUGUUUUAGGUAGUUUUCAGACUCUCCGUUAGCCAACAAUGCUUGAGUUUUAUAAGACAGCUUGGUUUUUGAAGGAGGCAUUCUGUGCAGGGCUGCUGUCUGCAUGCAGCUGUGCACAUUACAGACGGGCACUCUUCUCAGGGCAGAGAUGCCCUUCUUCUGGCCUGACCCAGUUCCAUGCUGGCUUACACAGCCUCACACCAAGCGACAGGCAGAUUUCAGCCCCACUCACCCCUCAGCCCAGGGGCCUUUGUCAAAUGGGCAAGCACUUAUCUAUAACUCUAUAUUUGCAAACCACUGGGGCAAGAUGACCUAUCUACGUUCUGUGCCAUCAGGAUUCAGUGGCCAGGUGCAAGGUUUGCCAAGAAGAGCCAGGGGAAUGAUUUAGCCUUCGUGCAAAUUCUCCUUCUGCCAGGAGGAGGCAUUGCAGGUUGUUCCUGGCAAGGAGUUUCUGUGGCUGCCAGUGCAGCAUUUCCCUUUGCCUCAACUUCUAGCCAAAGUUCAGUUGUUCUGCCAGCCAACCUCUGCUUCGGCUCUCAAAGCUCCAGUCAUGGCAUCCUGCUGUGCUCUUAGGCAGCUCUGAGAAAGAUGGGAGAAUCUGCAACCCCAGACAUGCAAGGGGAGAAGGCUCAGUAUAUGAAUGGGCCGUUGUCCAACCUGAGCCCAGGGGUAAGGCAUGCCUUGGCCGAAGUGGGAAGUGUCAGGAGGCCUGAUCUGAGACCAAGGGGAGCGAGACACUGAUGGCUCAAACGGAAGUUGCUGAGCACAGUAACAAAAUUUUUCUGCUGUGGGUAGAGUCAGAGCCACCAUGGAGACAAUGAGCUCUCUGUCACUGGAAUUCUAGGAUGAAAUACCCUCCUCCACUCUUGCAGGAGCACCUUCUUCCACAUUUCCUAGGGAGCACUCUGAUGUCCUGAUGGACUAGAUUUCCCCUUUGCUGAGCAGCUCUGACUCUUUGAGAGGAAGGGUAGAGGCAUGAUGGCUGGUUCCAUAGGAAGACCAAGAAGGGACGGGAAGACACCUGUCUGUGCACCAGUUGCCCAGCUCCUGAAAGCAUCCCAGCUGUGAGAAAGCACCUUGUAAAGAAAGCCAAGGACACCAUCAGAGAGAUGGCACCUAGAAACGUGGGGUGAAGGGUGACCCGGACAGCUCGGCCCUGUCCUCUGAGCACUCAGCCCAAGAUGCUGUGCAACUUAAGAAUAACUGCAAGGAGAUGCCAAGCGGGAGAGGGAAGGAAGGAGUAAUGAAUAGAGGAAUGGGGAGAGAGAGAGAGAGAGAGAGAGAGAGAGAGAGAGAGAGAGAGCUCAGCCUCAAGAUCUUUUUCCUCUUUCCAGGACCACGUAAGAGCUGUGUUCUCCCUGCUGCAGCUUUGCAGGUAGCCCCUUGGAGGAGCCUCUAGGGGCUUACAAACCAAUGGCUGCAAGAAGCUUACAAGGCCAGGCACAACCCAGGCUCACAGAGUGGACCUAUGCAUUCUGAGGUCCAGCUAUCACCUCAUUAAAAUAAGAACUCCAAGGAUCCUGGGACUCAUAAGGCCCAGCCCCCUGGGCCUAGGGAUGAUCACCAUAGAGCCUUUCAGGUUGCUCAGGAAGCAGGAAUAUAUGAUGUUGGAAACAGAAAGAUAAGGCACAGUGAAGGCUGUGGAUUUCACUGGAGCCACCAUUAAUGGAUAUAGACAGCCCUGGGCAGCAGGGAGACACUAAAGGUCCAAAUUCUAUUAUGGAAAUUACAGAUGAACAACUUGAGCCUGGAAAGUAGCUUUCAGAAACUGGCAUAAAAAGCUAGACAUCCUGGAGGCAGGCAGAUAGGCCUUCUGUUGGUCUCAGGUGCCAAAGAGAGGCUCCAUGACCCUGGAAAAUUAAAAAUCCAGAUGAGCACCAAAGCCCAGAACCCCAUCUCAGACUGCAUCCUUGGGGCAGAGGGGCCACAGCUCCCAGCACACCAGACCCAUUUAGCGGAAAGCACCAGGUCCUACAGAACACCUGUCGCAGGAAAUGCUUGCCAUCAAAGUCCCAGACUAGAAGAACUACCGGAAGAAAAGCCCUGUUAUUAAGCACUGAGACUAUGCAGAUCAUUACAAAACAGCCCCCUGCCCUAUCCAAGAGCCCAGUCAGAGCAAUGGGAGAACUUCCAGAAGAAAC